AUGUCAAUCGUCCUGAUUGCGCUCUUUCUUGUUGCUGUAUCAAAGAAUCUUCUUGCCACCUGUCAACUCAUUUGCACCAAUGAAUCUUCUGGCUUGAAUGAGAAAAGAAUAUGCUUUGAUCUCAACAAAGGUCGCUUUGUUGAUCCGAAAAUUGGCCGAAAUUCGAUUUAUGAUAUGGAAGUCAGCCUUAAACGACAAGAAAUCUCACUAGGCCGAACUCGGAGAAAACCACGAGCAUGCCGUGGCUAUAAUUUUUAUCGCCGCUGCCAAAAGAAGUAUGCAACACAUUUAGGAAGGUUGGAGUGUCGAUACGCUAGAUGUUCCGUUUGCAUUACGGAACACUUACAUCCUGGUUGCCCCUUCUGUCACGCCGAUAAAUCGGUAUUUUGUCCAGCCGUCGAAACAUGUUCUUGUCCUUGGAAAGCUGGCUAUGGUAUCUGGGAUUCCUGUAGGAGGCAGAUCAAUAGUCGUUGCUACGAUAUUAACGCGACAAAAUCAAAAAAGAGCAAAACGAAACAUCUGAAAAAAAAUCGCUUCAGUUGA